AUGGACGAGUCCACGCACGGGGGUUCUCGCUACUACGGCGACGACUCCCAGUCGCUUCGCGCGCACGACGACGAGAUCGCGACGCGUAAGGACCAGCUGUGGCGCCUCUCGUCUUCGUACCUCGUAUCCGACGUUCCGUCGAUACAGAGGUCGCUCGUGCAACACGUGGAGUACACGCUGGCGAGGCGGCGGUACAAGUUCGACCGCGGGUCGUUCUACCAGGCCACCGCGCACUCCGUCAGGGACAGGCUCAUCGAGCGGUGGACGGACACGCAGCAGUUUUACGCUUCGCGGGACGGCAAGCGCAUGUAUUACCUUUCCCUGGAGUUUUUGGUGGGGCGGUCGAUGGGGAACGCGGUGAGCAAUCUGGGGUUGAGGGGUGCGUACGCCGAGGCUCUGAGGCAGCUGGGGUACGAUCUGGAGGAUAUCAUGUCGCAGGAGAAGGAGCCCGCGCUGGGCAACGGCGGCCUGGGCAGGCUCGCGUCUUGUUUCCUCGACACGCUCGCGACGCUGAACUAUCCCGCCUGGGGGUACGGCAUAAGGUACAAGUACGGCAUGUUCGAGCAGAGACUCGUGAACGGCAAGCAGGUGGAGUUCCCGGACUACUGGCUCACGUACGGAAACCCGUGGGAGGUUGAGCGCCUGGACGUCAAGUACCUCGUGCGGCUGUACGGCGAGGUGAAGACGUACGAGGACGAGCAGACGGGGGAGACCAGGUUCAGGUGGGAGGGCGGCGAGGUGGUCGUCGCGGUGGCGUAUGAUACCCCCAUUCCGGGCUACGGCACGUACAACACGAACAACAUGCGGCUGUGGUCGUCCAAGCCGAGCCACGAGUUCGACCUCGCGUCGUUCAACGCGGGCGACUACUACGGCGCCGUGGAGGCGAAGGAGCGGUGCGAGAGCAUAACCUCGGUGCUCUACCCAAGCGAUGACACCGACUCGGGGAAAGUUCUGAGGCUCAAGCAGCAGUUCUUCUUCGUCAGCGCGACGCUCCAGGACGUGCUGAGGAGGUACAAGAAGCGGAUCGUUCCGGGGCGGACGCUCAAGAACCUCCCGGAGAAGGUUGCGAUUCAGCUCAACGACACGCAUCCUUCCAUCUCCAUCCCGGAGCUCAUGCGCUUGCUCCUCGACGACGAGAUGCUACCGUGGGACGAGGCCUGGGACAUCACGACGCGGACGUUCGGGUACACGAACCACACCAUCCUGCCCGAGGCGUUGGAGAAGUGGCAGGUGCCCAUGAUGGAGGAGCUGUUACCUCGCCACAUGCAGAUCAUCUACGAGAUCAACCACCGGUUCUUGCAGCAGGUUGAGGAUCGAUGGCCGGGCGACAACGAGAAGAUGCGCGCGAUGUCCAUCAUAGAGGAGUCGACGCCGAAGAUGGUCAGGAUGGCGCACCUCGCCAUGGUGGGCUCGCACGUCGUCAACGGUGUCGCGGAGAUUCACACCAGGCUGGUGAAGUCCAGGCUGUUCCCCGAGUUUGACCAGAUGUUCCCGGGGCGGAUUAAAAACGUGACCAACGGCGUGACGCCGAGGCGGUGGAUCCUGCAGGCGAACCCCGCGAUGGCGGGGAUAUUCACCAGCAUCCUCGGUCCCGGGUGGGUCAACGACCUUCGCAGGCUCGCGACGCUCAAACCCUUCGCGCACGACGACACCUUUCAGCACUCGUGGAACGAGGCCAAGCGGCUGAACAAGGAGCGGCUUGCGCUGUGGGUCAAGGCCAACAUGGGCGUGGACCUCAUGACCAACGCCAUAUACGACAUGCAGGUGAAGCGCAUACACGAGUACAAGCGGCAGUUGCUGAACGUGCUCGGCAUAGUGCACAGGUACGCGGUCAUCGCCGGGUCCACCCCCGAGCAGAGGGCGAGGAUGCUGCCCCGCGUCUGCGUCAUCGCCGGGAAAGCCGCGCCGGGGUACGAAGUCGCCAAGAAGAUCAUCCAGCUCGCUUGCGCCGUGAGCAAGGCUGUGAACAACGACGUGAGGUGCGCGGGUGUCCUGCAGGUCGUGUUUAUUCCCAACUUUAACGUCUCACUCGCGGAGCUCAUCAUCCCGGCGUCUGACGUGAGCCAGCACAUAUCCACCGCGGGCAUGGAGGCUUCGGGCACGGGAAACAUGAAAUUCGUCAUGAACGGCGGCCUCAUUGUCGGAACCGCGGAUGGCGCCAACAUCGAAAUCGCGCGCGCGGUGGGCGAGGAUAACCUCUUCUGCUUCGGCGCCACCGCGGAUGAGGUGGCGGCGCUCAGGAACACCAUGAAGAGCCGCCUGCCCGCCGGCGACGAGCGGCUGCAGCGGUCCGUUCGCAUGAUCAGGUCGGGCGUUUUCGGCAACCCCGACGAUUUCUCGCAGCUUAUGGACAACAUCGAACCGGCGAACGACUACUACCUCAUAGCGCACGAUUUUCCCGGGUACCUCGAUGCACUCGACAUGGCGGACGCGGCGUACCUGCACCAGCCCUCGUGGACGGCGAGGACCAUUCGCGCGGCUUGUUCCAUGUGGGAGUUUUCGUCUGAUCGCACAAUCAAGGAAUACGCCGACAAGGUGUGGCAGAUGGAGCCGCUGCCUUUCAAGCCCCCGCACCAUCAGGACGGCGGCGGCGGCAGCAUGGGCGGCGGCGGCAGACGAGGACCGUCGUUCAACGGGAGGGGUUCGCGGGCUGGGUACGACGGGGGGCGAUGA